AAAUUUAGAUGCCAAUAAAAUAAAAGAAGUUCCUGCUACAAGUUUCCAGGGACUAAUCUCUUUGAAGUAUUUAUGGUUGGCUGCAAAUUAUAUGAAUGACGUCCCUACAGAAGCUUUGAGCCUGUGUCACUCAUUGGAAGCACUUACUUUGGCGUUGAAUAAUAUAUCAUUAAUUAAAGACUAUGCAUUCAUCAAUAUGACAAAAUUGAAUGCACUACUUCUUCAAGAAAACAUUAUCAGAAUUCUUGGAGAUCAUGCCUUUGAUGGAUUGGAUCACUUAACACAUCUGGACUUGAACCUGAAUCAAAUAACGGAGUUUCCCGUGGCUCUUUCUGUAUUGAGUCGUUUGAAAGAAUUAGAUUUACAGCGCAACCGAAUAUCAUAUAUUCGAGACAAUGCAUUCAGUGGUAAUCCGGAACUAAAGAUAGUAGAGCUUCUUGGUAAUUCCAUUCGUUCAGUUGGAAAAUAUGCCUUCUCCAAUAUGCCAAAGCUUGAGAAAUUAGCAUUAUCAACCGCAAAAGACUUGAAAGAGUUUCCUGAUUUAACUGGUACAAGUAGUAUAUCUGGCUUGCACCUUGAUCGUUGCUCUAUCCAAUCAGUUCCUGAUGACCUGUGUAUUCAAUUACCUAACUUGAAAAGCCUGGAUCUUCACUCAAAUCCAAUACAAACCAUACCCAAUCUGUCAGAAUGUAAUGAACUUCGAAUAAUUAAUCUGGGUGGUACUGCUAUUACAUCAUUGGAAGGCAAGCCAUUUAUUGGAUUAUUCAAACUACGUGAUUUAACCUUGAAUAACAAUUACAUCACCAUUAUACCGGAAGAUGCCUUUGUUGGCCUGACUGAUCUCCAAUACCUCGAUUUGCAACGAAGUGCAAUUGAAGAGAUUCACCCAAAUGCAUUUGCUCCACUGAAACAUCUGGAAAAUUUAAACUUAUCAGAAAACAAGUUCCGUGUAUUACCAACAGUUGGCCUCAAAAAACUUGUAUUUUUGAAGACGCAAGGUACAGAGACUCUUCAUGACUUUCCAUCAGCCAAAUCAUUCCCCCAGAUUACUCGUCUAUACCUGGAGUAUGAAUACCAUUGCUGUGAGUUCCUGCAGAUGGAGGAGGAGAGUGAAGACCCACUUUCUGCAAUUACUGAAAGCUUUGAGUGGUUAAGUUCUCAUGCAGAAAUAACAGAUAAUGUAUCAUUGGAACACUUCACGGAUAUCUCUGAUGUCAUGAACAUUGACUAUAAUUAUAAUAUGGAAAAUGACAAUAUAGAGUUGGACUCAGACUUUUAUAAUGAUGAUUUUACUAUUGGCGACUUUGAAGAUAUAUCUGCCUACAAUAAUAAUCCUAUUGAGUGCCUACCUUAUCCUACUCCAUUUACACCAUGUGAUGACUUAUUUGGUUGGUGGGCUUUAAGAUGUGGUGUCUGGGUUGUAUUUUUGCUAGCUUUGUUUGGCAACGGUACUGUCAUCUUUGUCAUCGUGGUAAGCCGAACAAAAAUGUGCGUGCCAAGAUUUCUGAUCUGUAACCUGGCUUGUGCUGACUUCUGCAUGGCAAUCUACCUUGGGUUUUUAGCCAUCAUUGAUGCAUCCACUCUUGGUGACUUUAAAAAACAUGCUGUGAUCUGGCAGCACAGUUCAGGUUGUCAGAUUGCUGGUUUCCUGGCUGUUUUAUCCAGUGAACUGUCUGUUUUCACUCUUGCUGUCAUCACUAUGGAGCGAAAUUAUGCCAUCACCCAUGCUAUGCACCUUAAUAAACGAUUAUCAUUAAAGACGGCUAGUAUUGUAAUGGCAGGUGGGUGGCUGCUUUCACUCUUCUGUGCUACUCUUCCAUUGGUUGGAUUCAGCAGUUAUACCAAGUUUGCUAUUUGUCUACCUUUUGAGACUAGUCCUGCAAGAUCGCUUGGCUUCGUGAUGGGUAUCAUGACUCUCAAUGCUCUUGCGUUUGUUAUCAUUGUUGGUUGUUAUUUGAAAAUGUACUGUUCAAUUCUUGGUUCGCAAGCCUGGAACUCCAAUGACUCAAGAGUUGCGAAAAGAAUGGCUUUGCUAGUAUUUACUGACUUUGCCUGUUGGGCACCCAUAGCAUUCUUCAGCAUUACAUCAAUGUUUCACACGCCACUGAUAUCACUAGAUGGAGCUAAAGUCUUGACCAUCUUUGUUCUCCCACUCAAUUCAUGUGCCAAUCCCUUCCUAUAUGCUAUUUUCACCAACCAGUUCAAGAAGGAUUGUUCAAUGAUCUGUCGCCGACUUGAAGAGCGUUCUGUGCUCACCUCGAGAAGUGUUAUAAAAAUGAGCAAUAGUCGAAACCAGUAUUCAUCAAGCGUCCAAUCGUCAAGAAGACUAUCUGUAAAUGACAAAAACCACCAUUCGAAUAGUAAUGAAUCCGUCCCUACCAAUUGCAACUAUCAGCAACUGGCAGUUAAACAGAACAAUGAUUACCAGUCUUCUCUUCCUUUUAAGGAUGACAAAGACACAUGUGAGAAUCUUUUGGAGAGUAUUAAGAGUUUUGGUGACAUCCCCCUUGUUAUGCAGAAAAACAACUGUCAAGAGUCUGAUGGAGAUUGUUGA